AUGGCUCAGCAAUGUUCGACAAGACAUGCUGCCGGCAGCCACUCCGGGUACCUGCCCAUCGAGGACUAUGGCAUGAUUGGCAAUAUGCACACCUGUGCUCUCGUUGGAAUGAACGGAUCUGUUGAUUUUAUGUGCUGGCCCGACUUUGACUCGCCGACUGUCUUUUGCCGGCUCCUUGACAAGGACAAGGGGGGCUUCUUCAGCAUCUGCCCUCCUUCAUCCAAGCCGUGUACUACCAAGCAACAAUACCUCCCAUCAUCCAACAUUCUGCAAACCAGAUACAUCCAUGAUGACGGCGUGGUUGAUCUCGUAGACUUCUUUCCUCGGCCCAAAACCGCCACCGUCUUGUCAAAGAACGCCCGCCAGAGCUCCUUCCGCGAAACUAUCAAGAUUCAGGAGGAGCUCAAGAAAUGGCUUGUCCGGCGGGUCGAAUGUAUCCGCGGUCGUCUAGAGAUGGAUAUUGAGAUCUUUCCCGCUUUCCAAUAUGCCGCCGAGACUCAUGUCACCACCAUCAUCGAGGCAACGCACACCACAGGGAGCCCGAGCAAGGCGGUUACCUUCCACAGCGAGCAUUACAAGAUGCAGCUGGAUGUCACCGUUGAUGCAGAGUCCGACUCGGCCCCUACCAUUACCUUCAAAAAGGAGAAACGCGAUGGCUUGUUGGGUGAAGGUGUGGUUGCCCACAUCGAGAUCGAGGAAGGCCAAGCUGUGUCGUUUGUUCUGCGCAACGACAUUCCCAAUCAUGUCACCGAGAACAUCACGACGGCUGUACUCGAUGGCCAGCAGCACGACACGCAGUCGUUCUGGUACAACUGGAUCUCCAAGAGCAAGUACAAAGGCCGAUGGCGCGAGGUUGUCAACCGAAGUCUGAUGUUGUUGAAGAUGAUGACCUACGAGCCAACCGGUGCCAUCAUUGCCGCACCUACCUUUUCCAUCCCGGAAGACAUCGGUGGCGUACGAAAUUGGGAUUACCGCUUUUCCUGGAUUCGUGAUUCAAGCUUCACAAUCUACAUACUCCUACGCCUUGGCUUUUCUGCCGAGGCCGACGCCUACAUGGACUUCAUCAGCGAGCGCUUCAUCAAGUCCCGCGGCCCCAGCGGCGAGCUGCCCAUCAUGUUCACCAUCCGCGGCGAGACGGACAUCCCCGAGAUUGAACUCGACCAUCUCGAGGGUUAUAGGGGCAGUAAGCCCGUGAGGGUCGGUAACGGCGCCGCGUUCCAUCAACAAUUUGACAUUUACGGCGAGCUCAUGGACGGCAUUUACCUGUACAACAAGUACGGCAAGCCGAUCAGCUGGGACCAGUGGUGUUCUGUGAGAGAGAUGCUUGACUUCGUCCUCACUCUUACGGACAAGCCCGACAUGUCCAUAUGGGAGGUCCGCAACCACAAGCAAAACUUCACCUACUCCAAGAUUAUGCUCUGGGUUGCCUUCGACCGCGGUCUCCGCCUCGCAGACAAACGAAACUUCCCCUGCCCCAACCGCAGCAAGUGGCUUACGGCCCGCGACAAUCUCAUGGAGGAGAUUAUGGAUAAGGGUACGUGCUCUCCCUCGCCCCCUGGACCUCUGGACACUGAGAGCUGGGAUGCUUCACCUGCAGCUCCCAAGCGCCUGAACCGCGAGCUGACUGCUUACGAGAACAGCACCAUGCUCGACUCCUCCAUUCUGAUCGCGCCGUUGGUCUUCUUCAUCGCCCCCAACGAUCCCCGCUUUCUCAACACUAUGGACCGCAUCCUCCUGCCCCCCGAAAAGGGCGGUCUCACCAGCACCGGCCUGGUCUACCGCUACGACACUGAGCUCUCGGAAGACGGCGUCGGUGGAAGAGAGGGCGCCUUCAGCAUGUGCACAUUCUGGCUCGUCGAGGCCUUGACGCGCGCAUCCGCCUACGAGCCAAAGUACCUCGUCCGCGCCGUCAACCUCUUCGAGAACAUGCUCAGCUUCUCCAACCACCUGCUCAUGUUCUCCGAGGAGAUCGCCCGCAGCGGCGAGCAGCUCGGCAACACGCCCCAAGCAUUCAGCCACCUCGCCCUCAUCAGCGCCGCCUUCAACCUCGACCGCGUCACAGAGGUUCGGCAAUGA